GACUGAGCAAAACAUCAAUAAUAAUAAACACUUGUUUGAUCUAUUUUAGUUUUUCUUAAAUUUGUGCCUUACUUAAAAUAAUUUUAUUUCCAUUAUUUAAUUUAUCACCUAAAAGCCUUUAAAUUUUCUGAAACUUUACUUUGUGAAUCUCAUUGAAUCUCUUUAAAAAGUGUACUUAAAUAAUGUCAACCGAAGCUGAAAAUAUUGCGCGAUCAAAUAAAGAAAUGGCACCAACUGCGAAGUAUCUAAACAUAGCAGUUCAACUCAUAUUGAUCAUUAUUGCUGCAUGUAUCGUAGCAAGAACUGUUAAUCAAGUUGGAAUAGUUUUGUUUACGUGGCAUCCAGUUCUUGUUUCAAUUGGAUAUCUUCUUCUGAUGACUCAUGCGAUUUUAACAAUGGCUGACAACAAUUUUAUAACACAGAAUUUGAAUUACCAAAAUAGGGUCACCGUUCACUGGAUCUUGCAGACAAGUGCUUUGAUUCUUAUCACUGUCGCCCAAACAUGCAUUUUUCUUAACAAGAAUAGAUUAGGAAAGGAACAUUAUCAAACAACUCACUCUCUUUUUGGAUUGACAACUUACCUUUUAACAAUUUUAUCAUCGCUUGGUGGAAUCUUAACAAAAUUCAGCUUUCAAUUGAAGAAGAUUGUCAAACCAACGGUCUCAAAGAUCAUUCAUAGUUUUGCUGGUCUUCUAACAUACUUUCUUGCAAUGAUAACAAUCUCACUUGGAAUAAAUCAGUCAUGGACCAAUGCUAAUGACACAUGGACCAAGCCAAUUAUUUACGUUCUGCUCGCAUUCACAACUUUGUAUGUUACGAUCAAAAGUUUCAUUCUCUUCAGUUCUCGAGUUGCGAAUCUCUUACAAAGAUAAAUUAAUGCAUAUCGUCUGAUUCCUUUAUUGUUAUUUUGAUAUUUAAUAUAUUAUUGUAAUUUUAAAUCAGCACAAAUUAGUUCUAAAUAUUUUUAAGGAAGAUUCUAACAGAUUAAUAUUUAUAUCCUUUAAACGUCACUUAUUUUCAACAUAUCAAAUGCACUUGCAAUUAUACUUUAAUUCUCUUUCUACUUAGUAAUUAUGAAUAAUUUUUGAAGGUAUAUUUCUUAAAGAAAAGCAAUAAAUAAAUAAAAGCAUAAAGAAAUAAAGAGC